AUGAGCUGCAAUACGCAACUGCAAACGCAGAUCAGAUACGACUGGGAUAGCCGGGCCGACGAACAGAUCAUCUCUCAGAAGGUGAAGCACAUUGCUGCUUGUCUCGCGGAGUUCGAAACUUCCUGCCGAAACAAGCUUGCUGCGCUUUCGGACAAGAUCUGUCUGCUUGAGAAGAAAGUAGAAUUCCUUGAAGCUCGUGUGUCGCGCGGUGAUACUCUUUGC